UCUCUGUUCCUUUCUUCUGGAGUUAAAUUUUUUUUCCUAUUGGAAAAUUCUUAUAUAAAUGUGUGAAAACCUUAUUAUAGAUCACUUUCAUAUUUCUGCAUUUUUACAGGUUAUAUUGACUGAUAUGAGUCUCUGCUUUAAGGGAUUUCUCAAGCCAACAAAUCAAUUGAGCCCCAAUGGAUUUCAAUGAAGAAGUGUUGAUUUCAAUGAGAAAUGUUGGGAACUCUGAUGAACAAUUGAAUGAAAAUGGAGUUGCAGAAAAUGGCCACGACCCUAUGAGGCACACCUCUUACCAGCCGGGCAUGAAAGCAUCUUUACUUUGGCUUGAUUUAAGAGUCUUUUAUGUCAGACUUAGCAAAUGUGUGAUUGAUGAUGAUUCGACUCCUGAGUAUCUUACGUUAAACCAUGUGCCCUUAAAUCGUGAUACCCUUCUAGAAAUUAAUGGUGCGAGGACUAGCAUAUAUUCGGAUGGUGCAUCGACCCUUCUAAAACGAGAUAGGUUAGAUAAGAAGUCCGAAGAAGUUACAUUUGUGAGUACCGAUAGUAUCAGAAUGACAGGUAGUGUGAAAUUCGAAGUUUUCCAUAAGGGCGUUCUCGUGCUAUUUGGAACGUUAGAAUUGUGUCAUAGCAAUGAGUUUUUUGGUGAUUCAAGAAAUCAAGGGCAAAGUUGGAGCAUGGAUUGUAUAUCGGAUACACUAGCAGGCUCGGGAAUUUUGAAGGGAAAUCAAAACACUGGCCUGGAGUCAUCCUCUUCCCCUGGUAUUGAAGUUUAUGUUGCUGGCUGUUUCUUGGGUAGUCCGAUUAUAUUGACUAAAACCGUGCAACUUAGUCAUAGGAGGAAGCAAACAAGGACAGGGAUGCUGGAAUCAAUACCAGAAUACGAUGCCACUGAAAGCCAAGAAGAUGGUUCCUCUGGCCUUUCUAUGCAGGCAAAUCAGCACCCAGAUUACAAACCAGAUGAGGAAGAUUAUUGCACCCCGUAUCCUGGAAUGGAGUAUUUGGAAGGCGAAGACGGAGAGUUAUCAUGGUUCAACGCUGGAGUAAGAGUAGGUGUUGGAAUUGGGCUCAGCAUCUGUCUUGGAGUCGGAAUAGGAGUUGGGUUGCUGGUUCGAACUUACCAAGGAACCACUCGAAACUUCAGAAGGCGCCUACUUUGAUCCGAUCUUUGCAUGUCUGUCCUUCGAUCCGACAUUGUUCAUUACCUUAACAUUGCUGACUGAGUAGGGUUUGAGACUCAGGAUCGUUCAAUGACAACGAUGUGAAAGCUCGCCGGUUUUCUUUACCUAAAUUUAGGGUAAAACGUCUGAAAAUAAGACCACCAUUCUGUCAACGGUGGAAAUGUCUUCAAACCCAAUGUAUCGGGAAUCAGAAUGUGAUCAUUUAGUUUGUUAACAAGUCGAAUUCUCUCUGUAGCUUUGUGCAGUCUGGUGAGAUUGUAGUUCAGUGAAUUUUCGUAUGGUCGUUCGUUGCAAUGUUAUGUUUAAUGGAAUGAAAUUUGUACC